CUGUUUUAGUGAUAUAUAUAUUCUUCCGUCUCUCCUGCCAUCCUGUGUUUACUGGACGCACGAAAGAUGCCCCGGAGCUUUAGGAGACUGGUGCACUUGGUACUGUUUUGUCCAUUAUCCAAAGGGCUGCAGUCGCGGGUGCCUGCCGUGAAGGUGAAGUACCUGUUCCUGGCCUGGUUGGGGAUCCUGGUGGCCAGUUGGGUGAUAUAUGUGCGCUACUCUUCUUACUCUGAGCUGUGUAGGGGACACAUCUGCCACAUGGUCAUCUGUGAUCACUACAAGAGGGGGAUUAUUUCAGGCUCAGUGUGUAAGUCCCUGUGUGAGGAGAGAACUCUUACCCUUCAACGCUGCCUGUCCACCUCUCCAACACAACAGGUGUACAAUGGGUUGUGGAAGGAGAAGGCGGUUGUGGUUAAAUGUGGCAUAGAGGAGUUGCCUAGGGCUGAUGGAAACCCAGACAGCGUCCUGAGACAAGAAAUGAGCCUGUUUGAUAAACCCACACGAGGAACGUCCAUGGACGAAUUCAGAGAGAUGCUGCACUCCUUCCUCAAGGCUAACCUUGGGGAGCAGUCAUCUCUUAGUGCCCUUGUCAAUCGUGUGAUAACUCUUGCUGAUGUCAACCGGGAUGGUAAAGUUUCUCUGUCUGAGGCCAAGUCUGUCUGGGCACUGCUGCGAAUUAACGAGUUCCUCCUCAUGAUGGCACUUCAGGAGAAAGAGCAUGCGCCACGCUUGCUUGGCUUUUGCGGAGACCUGUACGUCACGGAAAGCGUGGCUCACAGCGCCCUCUACAGCUUGGAGUUCCCAGCGUGGCUUCAGCCUCUGGUCCCAGAGGCAUUUGGAACAGUUCUAAACCGUUGGCUGGCCCCAGCUUGGCCCCGCAGGGCCCGAAUCACCAUAGGACUGCUGGAAUUCGUGGAGGAGGUUUUCCAUGGGGCGUAUGGAAGUUUCUACAUGUGUGACGCCAGCCCGCAACGCGUGGGCUACAACGCUAAUUACGACUGCAAAAUGGCAGACCUGCGGAGCGUGGCUUCAGAGGCUUCGGUCCGGGCGUUCCUGAGAGGACGAGCGUGUGAGACAAACGCAGACUGCACAUUCGGACGUGACUGCACAGCGACGUGUGACCGGCUGGCCCGGCAAUGCAACACAGAAGUGGUACAGCCCAACCUGGCAAAAGUCUGUGGAAUCCUUCAGGAAUUCCUUUUGUUCGGAGCACCGUCGGACCUCCGGGAGGAUCUGGAGAAACAACUGCGGACAUGUGUGACGCUGAGUGGGCUAGCAAGUCAGAUGGAGGUUCACCACUCCCUCAUUCUCAACAACCUCAAAACACUGCUAUGGAAAAAGAUCUCUAAUACCAAGUACUCCUGAGAGAGAAGGGUGGGAAAGGUUGUUGUUUCCAGGUUAAAGGCUUGCGUGAGACACACAGAACUUCUUUGCUCUCCUCCCACUACUGACUGGGUAUACCUGCUGGAGUGACACGUCCCUCUCGUCUCAACCAAUGAGAUUCUCAGCAUGCCUGA